AGCGAAUUGACUAUACAUUUACUCUCUCGAUCUGUGCCAAGGUCCUUUAUUUUUCCUCUUCCAAAAGUUUAUCUAAAACUUUUAUUUGAAGAAUUUUCUGGAGCGUAAUCCAGUCAUGAUGAUGUGGUACUGAGAAGGGGUUGGAAACUGAAUCAUCUCAAAGAGUUUCAAUCAUGAGGAAGGAGAAUGUUGUUUCUGGCAACACCAUACCGCUCCAUACUCGCCCUCUCACUCGUGCUUACUCUAAACUGAUAACAUCAUCAGAAGUGGAUGGUACAACACAGAGUCUAGGACAUGCCGUUAGAGCAAACACAAAGAGAGCAGCCUUGGAUGACAACAAAGCCAAUGCACCUAAGAAGCGAGCUGUUCUUAAGGAUAUCACAAAUGAGAUUUCACCUAAGGUUCAGUUGGAGAACAUCAAGCAGAUAGAGAAAGUGGACGCUGUAUCCACUGUGGCAAAUAUUCUGAAAGUCAUUGAUAUUGAUUCAGAUCACAAAGAUCAUCUACUUUGUAGCCUCUAUGCACCUGAAAUCUACCACAACCUGCGUGUUGCUGAGCUUCAACGCAGACCAUUCCCUGAUUAUAUGGAAAGGAUACAGAGAGAUCUGACUCAGACAAUGAGAGGUAUACUAGUUGACUGGCUUGUUGAGGUCUCAGAGGAAUACAAACUUGUACCGGACACACUCUACCUCACAGUGUAUCUCAUAGAUUGGUUUCUCCAUGGAAACUACAUUGAAAGACAGAGGCUUCAACUGCUUGGCGUCACUUGUAUGUUCAUUGCUUCAAAAUACGAGGAGAUCUAUGCGCCACGCAUUGAGGAGUUCUGCUUCAUCACUGAUAACACUUACACAAAGGAUCAGGUCUUGGAGAUGGAGAGUCAAGUACUGAAGUAUUUUAGCUUUCAGAUUUACACACCCACUUCAAAAACAUUCCUCAGGAGGUUUCUGCGAGCAGCUCAUGCUUCUGAGGUGCACAAACCAAGUCAAGAAAUGGAGUUUCUGGCGAACUAUCUCAUGGAACUGACGCUGAUAGACUAUGAGUUCUUGAAGUUUCUUCCUUCGGUCAUCGCUGCUUCAGCUGUUUUCCUUGCUAAGUGGACACUGAACCAAUCAAGCCACCCUUGGAAUCCAACUCUUGAGCAUUACACAACGUUCAGAGCCUCUGAUCUCAAAGCAUCUGUUCACGCCUUGCAAGAUCUGCAGCUUAACACCAAAGGGUCCACCUUAGCCUCUAUACGCAUGAAGUAUAAGCAAGAUAAGUUCAAAUCCGUGGCGGUUUUGUCUUCUCCGGAGUUACCUGGCAGGCUAUUCUGAAUAGAGACAAAACAGAGCGGUUCAUCUCCUAACCGACGCAUAUGCAACCUAGAAACUGAUGGUCUGGAUCCUCCUUCUCUCAUUUAUUUGUUACUGAUAAAUAAAACGGUAACCUUUCCACGGUCUGGAUUUUAAUACCCAGUAACCGAAUUAGUUAGUGUUCGUUUAUUCCGGUUUAGUGUAAACAAGUUUGGUUCUUCCAAACCGAGAUUAUUUUAAUUGUAACGCCAAAGGAUGUACAUUUUUUCUCGUUCUAUCAGGCCGUUACUGGUUAC